UGUCCGAGCCCCAGUGCGCCGCGCCGCUCCCACCCGUCCGCAUCUUGCAGCCUACAGCCGGGAGAGAAACAAACAACAACAACAACAACAACAACAACCACAACAACAACUAACAGAAAGUUCAGCGAAAGGAUGGAGCCGACGGGCAUGAAAUGAGGAUUAUGCUGCAGGCUUAUAAGAGCAUAUCUCCACGCGCACAGAAGUAACAGGCCAAGGGAUCACGGAGGUGCUAUGGGCUGUGUGGGCUCCAAGCAGGAGCAGGAGGCUCUGGGCAAGGAGACGGCCGGCGACGACCAGGAGAGCCAGGCGCUGGCGGCGCACUACGUCAAAGACCCCACGGCGGCCAUCGCCGGAACCAAGGCUAGCAAAAUGGCGUCCAAUUCAAACUCUUCAGACGGAGAGAGCGUCGUCAUGGCGCUGUUCGACUACGAGGCCAUCCACAACGGCGACCUCGGCUUCAAGAAGGGGGAUAAGCUCCAGAUCCUGGAGGAAUCGGGGGAGUGGUGGAAGGCUAAGUUGAUCAGCUCGGGUCAGGAGGGCUUCAUCCCCAGUAACUACGUGGCCAAAGACACGCUGGAGGCCGAGGAGUGGUUCUUCAAGGGCGUGAGCAGGAAAGAUGCCGAGAGGCAGCUGCUGGCCCCCGGGAACAAAACGGGCUCCUUCAUGAUCCGAGACAGCGAGACCACCAAGGGCAGCUACUCCUUGUCCGUGAGGGACGGCGACCCCAAGGUCGGCGACACGGUCAAACAUUACAAGAUCCGAACGCUGGACAACGGAGGAUUCUACAUCUCUCCGCGCAACACCUUCACCACCCUGCAGGAGCUGGUCGGCCAUUACAAGAAGCAGGGAGAUGGCCUCUGCCAGAACCUGACCAGCCCGUGCCUGAGCCCCAAACCGGAGAAGCCGUGGGAGAAAGACGCCUGGGAGAUCCCCAGAUCGUCGCUCAAGCUGGAGAAGAAGCUCGGCGCCGGCCAGUUCGGAGAAGUCUGGCUGGCCACGUACAUGAAGCACACCAAGGUGGCGGUGAAGACCAUGAAGCCCGGCACCAUGUCGGUGGAGGCCUUCAUGGCCGAGGCCAACCUGAUGAAGAGCCUGCAGCACGACAAGCUGGUCCGCCUCAACGCCGUGGUCACCAUCGAGGAGCCCAUCUACAUUAUCACCGAGUUCAUGGAGAAAGGUAGUUUAUUAGACUUCUUGAAGAGCGAUGAGGGAAACUGCGUCAAGCUCCCAAAGCUCAUCGACUUCUCCGCCCAGACCGCCGAGGGUAUGGCCUACAUCGAGCAGAGGAACUACAUCCACCGAGACCUCAGGGCGGCCAACAUCCUGGUCAACAAGGCUCUGGUGUGCAAAAUCGCCGACUUUGGCCUCGCCCGCAUCAUCGAAGACAACGAGUACACGGCCAGAGAAGGAGCCAAAUUCCCCAUCAAGUGGACGGCCCCUGAGGCCAUCAACUACGGCUCUUUCACCAUCAAAUCUGACGUCUGGUCCUUCGGCAUCUUGCUGACUGAGAUCAUCAGCUAUGGACGCACGCCGUACCCGGGGAUGACCAACCCGGAAGUGAUCCGCGCCCUGGAGAAGGGCUACCGAAUGCAGCGCCAGGACAGCUGUCCCGCCGAACUCUAUGAAAUCAUGCUGGAGUGCUGGAAGAACAAGCCCGAGGACCGGCCCACCUUCGACUACCUGCAGAGCGUCCUGGAGGACUUCUACACCGCCACAGAGAGCCAGUACCAGCAGCAGCCAUGAGGCGGGACACCCACAGACAUGUUCUUAUCUAUAUAUUGUAGGAAGCUAAGGAUCACUUCUCCUCACUUUUUUAUAUUUUCAUUGGGCGCUCUUCACUAGCAUUUGAAAUGAUCAUAACCACACUAUAAGUAAUAAGGAAGAGGGAAAAUACAGAAACAAUGGGAACGCUUUCUACGACGCCCAUGCCAAUAAUGCAUUAUAACCAUGCUUGUAUUGUACAGAAUGUACAGCAAUGCACCAUUUUAAUUAUAAGCACUCAUAAGUAUUCAUAAUGCUUUACAGUGUGGCACGGUUGCCAUGAAGGAGUUAUUUAUAAAUGCUUAUAACAGUGUUAUAAAUAGUUUAUAACAUAUGCUUAUGAUGCAUUAUAUACAUGGCAUCAUAGGAAGUGUCAAUGAAUAAUGUAUACAUUUAUCAUUCAUUACUACACAAUAUUAGAAAAGGUUUUUCCUAAACAAAAAAAGAAAAAGAUAAAAAGCCAUACCACUUUUCUACCAUCAUCCCUCUUAUUAUGUGUGUAUAGUCCCUAAUAUUGUACAAGCUUUGAAAGUGUUUUACAUAAUAUGUACUGUAAAAAAUUAUGCAGGAGUCUUCACUGUACGGCACAUGCUAUAUGACGUCUAUAUAAUAAAAAUAAUAAUAAAGA